AUGGGGGACUGGAACCUGCUGGCAAAGCUUCUGGAAAAAGCCCAGGAGCACUCCACCGUGGUGGGGAAAGUGUGGCUCACCGUCCUCUUCAUCUUCCGCAUCCUGAUCCUCAGCGCGGCCACAGAGAAAGUGUGGGGCGACGAGCUGUCGGGCUUCACCUGUGACACCAAGCAGCCCGGUUGUGAGAACGUGUGCUACGACAUCACGUUCCCCAUCUCCCACGUCCGCUUCUGGGUGCUGCAGAUCAUCUUCGUGUCCACGCCUACGCUGAUCUACCUGGGACACAUCCUCCAUCUGGUGCGGAUGGAGGACAAGCACAAAGAAAGGGAGAUAGAGAGGGCACAAGCUGAAAACCCAGACAAGCAGGUCCUCAUUGUGGAUGUUCAUCACAAAAAGGCUCUGGUGAAGGACAAGGAGGGCAGAGUGCGCCUGCAGGGGGAGCUUUUGCGCACAUAUGUUUUUAAUGUGAUCUUUAAAACCCUGUUUGAGGUGGGCUUCAUUGUGGCUCAGUAUCUCUUGUACGGAUUUGAACUGAAGCCCAUGUACACAUGUGGCAGACCACCCUGCCCCAAUGUGGUAAACUGCUACAUAUCCCGGCCCACUGAGAAAACCAUCUUCAUCAUCUUCAUGCUGGCGGUGGCCAGCUUGUCUCUGUUCCUCAACCUCGUAGAGAUGUAUCACCUGGGCUUCACCAAGUGCAAACAGGGCAUCACCUUCAGGAGAAAUAGACAGCUGAGUAGGAGAGCCCACAAGGGACCCGAAGACACCGCUGUGCCCUUCGCACCGAGUUACGACGACUACUUCCACCAAGUCCAGCCUGCCUACCCUCCAGUGCCCAGCUACAACCUCUCCCCUCUUUCCGAGGGCACAGACUCGUCCUUUCACCCAUACCACAGCAAGGCUGCUUAUAAACAGAAUAAGGACAACCUAGCGGUGGAGAGGAGCAGCAGCAAGCCAGAGGAAUGUGACCUGAAAGGGAAGAAGGGAGCAGGAUCAGCCCCUGGGUCACCGACGCAGGCCCGGCCGGGCCGCAUUGCCAAACACAGCAACAGCAAGACUAGAAUAGAUGAUCUGAAGAUAUGA